AAUGGAGGUUCUACUGCCUGCAGCCAUGGCUGCACCAGGGUGUGCUUCGGGUGGAUGGCUGUGAGACAUCAGAGAGCGAGGAGAGUGCAGGUGUCCAUCGAAAGCCCUGCAACGUAAGGCAUUUCGUUCAUCACCCUUCCAGCCCUGAAACAGCCUGGUGCUCCGUGGCUGCUCUGAGCAGUGACCGCUCUUGCCCGGGCCCUCCUGGGCAGUGGCCCUUCUCCCUGAGUGUUCUAAGAGCCGACGCAUCUAGGCUGGAUGGAAUUUAGUAUCAAAAAAAGUUCUCUUUCUGUGCAAAAAGUUGUAAAGUGCAUAAAGAUGAAGCAGGCACCAGAAAUCCUUGGCAAUACAAAUGGAAAGACUCAGAACUGUGAAAUGAAUCGCGACUGUUCUGUAUUCCUCAGCAAAGCUCAGCUUUCUAACAGCCUACAGGAGGGGGUCAUGCAGAAGUUUAAUGGCCACGAUGCACUUCCCUUUAUUCCAGCAGAGAAGUUGAAGGAUCUUACUUCCUGUGUGUUCAAUGGAGAACCUGGUGCUCCCGAUGCCAAAUUGUGUUUUGAGUCCCAGGAAGGAAAAGGAAUUGGGACACCGCCCAACACUACCCCUAUCAAAAAUGGCUCUCCAGAAAUCAAGCUGAAAAUCACCAAAACAUACAUGAAUGGGAAACCUCUCUUUGAAUCUUCUAUCUGUGGUGACAGUGCUGCUGAUGUGUCUCAGUCAGAAGAAGAUGGGCCGAAGUCGGAGAGCAAGGUGCGGAGGAGCAGGAAAAGGAGCAUAAAGUACGACUCCUUGCUGGAGCAGGGCCUUGUGGAAGCAGCUCUGGUGUCCAAGAUCUCGAGUCCUGCAGAUAAAAAGAUUCCAGUUAAGAAAGAGUCCUGCCCAAACACUGGCAGAGACAAAGACCACCUGUUGAAAUACAGCGUGGGUGACUUGGUGUGGUCCAAAGUGUCGGGUUACCCUUGGUGGCCUUGCAUGGUUUCUGCCGAUCCACUCCUUCACAACCACACCAAACUUAAAGGUCAGAAAAAGAGUGCACGCCAGUAUCACGUCCAGUUCUUUGGUGAUGCCCCAGAAAGAGCAUGGAUAUUUGAGAAGAGCCUUGUGGCUUUUGAAGGAGAAGGCCAGUUUGAGAAGUUAUGCCAGGAAAGUGCCAGGCAGGCACCCACGAAAGCUGAGAAAAUCAAGCUGUUGAAACCUAUUUCAGGGAAACUGAGGGCUCAGUGGGAGAUGGGCAUCAUUCAGGCGGAGGAAGCUGCCAGCCUGUCUGUGGAAGAGCGGAAAGCCAAGUUCACCUUCCUCUAUGUGGGGGACCAGCUGCACCUCAACCCCCAGGUAGCCAAGGAGGCCGGCAUUGCUGCUGAGGGCUCUGGAGAAGUGGUGGAGCCUGCCGGGGUUGGGGAAGCAGCUGCUGCAGACCCUCAGGCUGCUCAGGAGGAGGGCAUUCCCAUGAAGAGGAGGCGGAGAGCCAAGCGGUCUAGCUCUGUCGAGAACCACGAGAGUGAUGCCUGCGUGGAGAAGAGCACUCCACAAAAGCCCACCGAGGCCGAGCCCAAAAGAGGAGUCGGGUCUCCCCCUGGGAGGAAGAAGGCAGCAGCCUCCACUCCAAGGAGCCGGAAGGGAGGUGCGGCGUCUCAGUUUUUGGUCUUCUGUCAAAAGCACCGGGAUGAGGUUGUUGCUGAGCACCCAGAUGCAUCAGGCGAGGAGAUUGAAGAACUGCUGGGAUCCCAGUGGAAUAUGCUCAAUGAAAAACAGAAAGCUCGCUAUAACACCAAGUUUGCCCUUGUGACCUCAGCCCCAUCUGAAGAAGAUCCCGGUAAUGUAAAUGGGAAAAAAAGAAAUCAUACAAAGAGGACAGAGGACCCUCCAGAAGAUGUUGACAUCGAGGAUGCACCUAGAAAGAGACUCAGGACCGACAAGCAUGGUCUUCGGAAGAGAGAGACAAGCACUGACAAGAUGGCCAGGACAAGCUCUUACAAGGCCACGGAGGCGGCUGCCUCACUCAAGAGCCAGGCAGCAACAAAAAAUCUGUCUGAUGCGUGCAAACCACUGAAGAAGCGAAAUCGGGCUUCUGCAGCAGCGUCUUCCACUCUUGGGUUUAGCAAAAGUUCAUCUCCUUCUGCAUCCUUAACUGAGAAUGAGCUUUUAUGGGAGCCCACAUCAGUCAAGUUGGACUUGAACCCAGCUGCCCUGUACUGCACUUAGAGUGAUGUAAUGUCCCAAGAUGUCUGCGGCAGGUGGCGCAUCAUCGUACACACUAAGUGACAUUUCUAUCACAAUCAUUUUAUGGAAGAUGUGUGAUAAUCUGUUUUUACUGGUAUUAAUAAACACAUACAAUGAAGAAAACAGAUAACAAAUUUUAAGACCAAGGUAAGAUACCUAAUCAAGGCCAUUUAAUCAAUCACAUUCAUCUCAUGAUAGAAACACAUUCAUAUUCCAGUGACCAAUGUAGGUUUCAAGUCGAGGAGGAGGCUGUUCGAUGGGGACUGUCCUGUUGCUGAGACAGGGUGCCCGUUGAAGGGGCCAUCCUGUUAGAGGUCCUUUUUCCCUCUAGUUCAUAACUUAACUGAAUUUUUAUGGAGAAAUGUCAGCAUCUGUUCCUUCAGAAACAAAGAGCAAACAGCACACAUUAAGAGGCCCUUGUCAGCUGUUCUCAUUGCCAGUGAAAUGUAUUCAUUACUGUAGAUAUUAAACUAAUUUCCAACAUAAAAGGCAAGAGGAGUUUUGAUUCUGUCCUUUUUUACUAAGCAGUUUUACUAUAACACUAGACACAGUAAAUUUUUAGGAAAAUAUGCCAUUUCCAGGAAAGUAUCAUUGUGAACCAUUCACCUCUCAACUCAGUGACUGAGCUCUAGGGGGCACCACAACCAGGUUACUUAUGCCAGCCACUUCACCUGGCUUUCAUAGAGCAUCAGCAUCCCUGUAAUGUCGUGGUCUUGGGUGCCAGCUGGGGCUCAAGCCCACAGUCCACCUGUGUCAUGGGAGGAAAGGCCCCAUUUGCGCUCAGCCCGAAAGGCAGAGCUCACGCUGCUCAUGGGCAGUGUGGACGGCACCCAGGCCGUUCCCAGCAGACUUCCGGUGUGUCCGACCUGUAAUGAAAGUUCUGACUGAUUCUUCUGUUCCAAACCAUUAAGUAAUGUAACGCAUGUAAAACGCUUAGGGUGCCUGGCGCCUUGCGAGGACUCAGUGGUUUGCUGUUGUGACAGUAAUGGUUAUAACAAUAAAAAAAUAAAAUUGCCAUCAUUCCAUUUUUAUCCAAAAGUAUAACUUUUACUUUGGCGUGAGAAGUGACCUUGAUUGCAUCAUGCACGUGGGGAUAAAGUAAAUCCAGCAGUGGCAGAACCCUGGGUCUGUUAGUGUGACACGGUCCAGUGCUGGACAUGUGGCUGUGGGUUGGCGGAUGCCCCAUGGCCCUGGUCAGAUAUAGUGGGAGAUGUGGCCCCGUGGCCUAGGAGCAGUCUAGAUUGUACUAUCCCAAAAGGACCCAAAAGAACUCAGGUAAAUUUCAUCUCAAGAAUGAUUGCUAAAUUUAAAAAAAUAUGACCAAAAGGAUGGUAUAAAAAAUGGCCCUGGUUCAAUAAAUGAUCACCUGAAGUAAAGAUGCCAGCCUGCAAGUCUCUGGGCCAGAAUUGAGGGGUUUUGUUAGCGUGUGAUGAAUUUGAGGUGUGGCAGCCGCCAGCGUUGGGAGGCAGCGAGGGAAGAGGAGGUGAGGUCUCGGGCCGAGGGGUGCCUGUUGUGCAGCAGAGUCAGCCUGAGUUGGGUGCAGAGAGUGAGUGAGAAGAUGAGGAUGGGAAUGUGCAGUGUCCCUCUGAGGACAUUGGGAAGGUGGCCAGCUGGGUGGGGCGGGGAUACUCGGUGUUCCUCAGUGAGGGGACAGUCCCACAUGUGGUGGAGCUGUCCUGCUCCGAAGGCCAAGGGCCGGGGAUUUAGCUCAGUGGUUCUGCUGCCUGCCGCACAAGCGCAAGGACCUGAGUUCAAUCCCCAGUACCAAAAACAUAUAGUGAUGCUCCAAAGGCCAGUCCUGGUGCCGCUGAGGAGGAGCUGAGAUCCCGAAGGGUCAGCUCUUUCUUGACCUCUGAGGAGCACAGUGCAAAGGGGCUGCUCAGAAGGGCUUUGGAAGGAGCAGUAGCUUCUUUGCCAGGAGAACAAAUAUUCAUUAUGUUAUAAAUUUAACAUGAAAUUCCUGCAUUUCCUAAAACAACGCAGCACAAGAUAUGUUUAGCCUUCAGGUGUUUGAGCUGUCCCUUUUAAGAUGAGUUUUGCUCGUGUCAUACAUAAAUCACUUUCAUGAUCCCAUUUGACUUGCUUCAAACCAUCAUUCAUGUACUUUGUUUGCCUGGCAAGAGGCAUUAACUGUCUUGUAUAAAAUUUGAGGCAUUUGAGAGGGGUAGACGUGUCUGAAUGUAUGACUGUCUCGGUUGUAGCUGUUCUAAAAGUGCAGGUCAAGCCCUGCUUUGUCCCAGAGCAGUGCUCAGUGAGUGUGUGUGCUGGGAUAGAGGCCUGAGAGGUACAGGCCAUGGGAUCCUUAAGAUCCCUCCAGAGCUGAACCUGCUCAAGUGGACUUCCGCCUCCUGAUGGCCUUUCCUCAGAGCCAGUGAAGGGCUCUAUGUCCUCCUUUAGGCACAAGGCCUUGAGGGGUUGUAGUGGCCUCUCAGGGCUCUCCUUAGUUCUCAUUGAAAAGUAUUACUCCGGUGUUUUUAAGAGGCUGCUCCUAAACACCAACCAGAAACCUAACCAAAGUUCCACAACUAUGAAGCAGAGUUUAUAGGACCGAGGGCAGAGGGCCUGUGCCACACAGGAGGGAGCCCCAGCCCUCCCCUCUGAGGGACAGCCUGCUCCUGCAUGGGGAGGAGGGAAGGCUUCCUGGAGUGUAGCCUUGGGAGUGUCUGACGCCGCUUCGUGCAGAAGCACAGGAGACUUUGGUUGGGGCUGUCUGGGGUUGGAAGUGAGAUGAGGGGAGGGCUGUUUGCUUCAUGGUGGGACACACUGGAGGAGAGGCAGGAAAAUGGAGCAGGGCCUAAACUGUCAGCGGCAGCCUUGCCAUUCUCAUGGUCGCUUAGCUUAGGGUUUGAAUCCAGAGUCUGGGAGUGGCUGGACAGUGGUGAGUGAGCCUGGUGCCUGCUAAAGGUCUAUCACAGAAACACCCUGAAAAGAAGAAAAAUUCAGGCUAUAAGUUAGUAUCUUGUUCCUGAAACACACAAGAAAAAUGUUGUCCACAUGUAUGUGUACGAUGAAAGGGCGUGUGAGGUGGGACCAGGUUGUGACGCCGUCUGUGCCCAGGCCUGGCGGGACCCCAUUCCCUCAGGCUUCCUGAGCAGGGGCGCAGCCAGGGUGAGCCAUCAUGAGAUGCCCACAUGGCUCCCUGCACCCUGGGGUGCCUGUCUGAUAGCGCAGGUGAGAAACAAGGCCACUAGGACUUUGCAGGCGUGUUCACUCUGAGUCGUCAGUCCUGAAGAGACUGCUUCUCACACAGCCAGCACUUUGCGGUUGCCGGGCCAGGGCGGCUUCUUCCGCCUGGCAGGCAGGCUUCUGUGUGGGCAGCAGGGGCAGCUCUUUGGACUCAGUGUGAAGUGUGGGGCAUUGUAUGCUUUUACAGUCAGUAGUUUUGUCACCUCAGUUUUUGAAAAUUGAACAAGAAGUAAUUGGCUGGGGACUGCUGUUUAUCUUUAACACUGCAGUCUUUAGCUGGAGGAGCAGCAGCACUGCCAUCACAUCAGAAAGGCUUUUCCGACCUGCUUUCAAAGCUGUGGCUGCUUCCUACUGACUCCUAAAGUUUUUUCCUCCUCCUUUGAAGAAAUUUUGAAGAAAUACACUAACUCUCCCGUAUGUUGUAGGACUUUUGGUAAAUGCAGUGGACUUUGGUCCCCUUAGGUACUGUCUUCAUUGUUUUGCCUAGGCAAUUAGAAAUGUCACUAAUUUGCUUGCCAGUGAUGAGAAAUGGACUGUGCUUAGUACAGAAAAGGGUGUGUGUAUGUUCCUCGUUCCGGUCCAGGGAGGGGGAGGGACACGCUCUCCAUGGGACGUUUUUACCAGUAAGGACACCCCCCCACCAGGCCCCACCUGUCACUCUCUGGCCUUGUGCUGGACCCAACACGGGCCGUCUUUCUAACGUACAUGUGGUUGCCAGACUUUGGGCACAUAACUCCUUGCCAGUAUUCUGAAGCAUGCUAAUGGCCGGGGACAGUCUGUGAGCAGUGAUGGAUGGGGCGGGUCCUGGCCUGACCUGGCCAUGGGGUAUUGAUCAGCAGCAUGAGAGGAAGCCACCCUGCGGUGGUCCCAUAUGUCCCCAAGCUCUCUAUCUCCGGGCAGUGCGUACAGGCCCCUCGGCAGGGGAUGCACUGCCCAGGACACAGCUGGGACCCAGGUGGGUUGGUAGACACUUUAGAGACUUGCUUUACCUUUAACAAGGGCAGCCGGGAGCUGAGAGCAGCAGCCACAUGGCCGGCUCUGGCUGCAACUGCCUGGUCCUUGCUGCCUUCUCAGGCGGCCUGACUGCACGGAAGCUGGCUGAGACCAGAAGAGGAAGUGCAGCCCGUGGCAUCCUGUGGACUCAGGGACUCACCCCCACCUAAGCUAGCAUCCAGGGCAGCAGGGAGGGCUCUGUGCUGUGUGACCUGGAAGGGUUGUUUAUAAUAAAGGUUAUUUCAAAUUCUAGCAUUUUAGCUGAUGACUUACUCUAAAAUUAUUUUAAUUCCACUCUAACAUUUCACUGUGAUGUUAACUUGGAAGACCUGUUUGAGAGUAGUCUUUUGAUUUUAAACUCAUUAAGUCUGCUGAGCACAGGAUUCUUAUUAUUUGUAAAUCUAAAACUCUCUGUGAAAAGUACGUCUAGUAACCAGUUCUUCCUUUAUAAAAACAUAACUUACACAUGCAAAGAAUGUCGGUUUAUAGAAAUAUUUAUUGUUCAAGGUCUGUAAUUGUGUUUCAAAAAUGAUGUAGUGUUUAACUUGUGAAGGGAUUUGUUUUGUCAAAAAUUAAAAACUCACUGUGUAUAGAGCACACGGCAGGGCAUGCAGGCGGCCUGCUGGCACCCUGAGUCUUCCGACGGCCAUGCUGCCCCAGCAGUUGGUUGCAGUGUGCUCAGGGUCACAUCAUGUUGGAUAAUGCCAUUUUGAGAGUCCCUGCCCCCAAAGGAAUGUGUUCUGAGGCUUGUAGGUAGCUUGGUACUGUCACAUGCUGAGGAGAGAGCAGGGAAAGUAUUUUAAGAAAACUGGCAAAGUCAGGAACUGAGCUGCUUGGAGACGUGGGUCGCCAGUGUGGCCCUGGCAGGUGGGAAGUGACAGGAAAGUUGUGGGCAGAGUCUGUGUCUGUUCUGUCACCACACUUUCCUUUCCCCACACACCCUGUUGGAUGUGGAAUAGAGCGUAGAUAGUGGAGGCCGAGCCCUGGGCCUGCUGGGACCACACCGGGACCGUGUCACUUCCACAGUGGCAUCUCUGAGUGAGUCCCAGCACCCAGUGUGUGUGGAGGAGGAGCCAUGGCUGGAGUGAGGCUCUGGUGGGUUGCCAAGGUGCACCCAGGGGCCCUCCGACCUGGUUAGGGGUCUGUCCAGUGGCUCGGGAGGGCUGCGGGGCGAGAGGGGCCUGUGCACUGUGUCAUGGACUGUGAUAUUGUAAGGUCUGUAUUCUGUAUGUGGAUCUCAGACCCCAACCAGGAAACAAGCCUCAUGUGUGUCGUUACAUUUAUAUUUCCAUUCAAAGUAUGUAUUCCGUGUUUUAUUUUCUCAAAACAGACUUUGUUAAUUUAGGAAAUAUCUCCAAGUGGAAACGUGCUAACUUUCUGUAAAUCUUAAAUAAAAGGUGCUGUUCCUUCCUCUGA